CGCUGAAUGCAACAUUCGUCUGAACUGCCAUCUCUGAAGGUUGUUAGCGAUGUACGGCGGAAUCCGGUGUGGUUUUUUGAUUUUGACAGCCAUUGGCAAUGCUUGCUUUGCUUAUCCUAUUGAGGAGAGCCUUUUUUCGAAGCGAGAUGACCCCGAGUUUGCGAACGUCACAGACACGAACGAAUGUGUAAAAUUGUAUACUUGUCCUAAGACGUCACAGAGCGUCUUGUUUCUCGGAAACCCAGAAAAGGGGGAGGUAUUACUCCGAAAGAAUUACUUCACCAAGGGCUGCAGAUAUGUUCAAGAACUUCUUGACUGUGCAAAAGAACUUAAUAUAAAGGAUCUUCCCGAGUGUACGACCGAACGAGAGUUUCUCACAAUUUAUGAAAAAGCAGACACCAAUUUCUGCAAAAAUCCGAUUUUUCCAUUGCUACAAGGUUUACGACAGUGCAUUAACAGGCGGUACUCACAGCUCGGUAUCUACAGGAACACGUUCUUCACUCUGAUGAGUUCCAUGGGAAAUAACAAUGAUGGCCUGUCUAAAAAUGCUUUCUGCAAAGCUUACAAUCAGAUAUUGGAUCAAACAUUGAAAGAGUUUCAGAGCUGCCCGGAUGUUGAUUUUCAGUGGACGAGUGAGAACAUAGGAAUACUUCGGACAAAUUUUUACCCAAUGGCAAUAGGACAACCCUUGCCUUUCCAGUGCAUUGAUCCUGAAAGUGAUUAACCAAAUAACUAAUGCUUUCUAAUUAACAAAGAACGUAUACCCGUGAACUGUCUAUCGUAUCGAUAUAUAUUGUACAUGUAUAUAUGAUAUUAUAAAGGAAUGCUUGGUAAUCAUUAAGAUUAAUUUUAACUUUUACUACAUAUAAUAACAUAAUAUAUGUCAUCGCUGCGCAUGCUCGCCAUGCUUGACAUUGGGUUUGAUCAAUAGGGGGAGGGGUCAAUAAAAGUACUGGUUCGAUAUUGACGAUCUCCUCAAUCACCAAGCCUAAAAAAUGAAAGAUUUGUAGUUUUCGGAAAUUUGUUGUAAUUGAAAAAAUUCACACAGGAAAUCAAUGUAAAGGAUUAGCAGUACAAGAGGCCCAUAGGCCACAUCGCUCACCUGAGUCAUCUUGGCCCUGCUUGUUUGGCUAUUGGGAUUUUAAAACAAUCAAAAUCUUUAUUCUAAUGAAACAUUAAUACCCAUAUUGUGCCCCUCCCAACCUAGCCCCAAAGUGCCAUGACAAACCCGGUAACCUUGACACAAGGUAAAAAAAAUCAUGGUAUGAAACGUAAUGUCCUGUCAUAAGGAUCCAUAUACAAAAUAUGAAAACCCUAACAUAAACAUUUCAGGAAAUAUUGCCUUGGUUAAGAAGAAUUAAAUGUAGGUCAAAAUCCAUGGUCAAAGUUACAAGGUAAAAAAGACUUAGGAAUCAAGAAAAAGUCUUGUCUCAAAGAAUGUAUAUAUGAAAGAUCUCACUCCACAGAGAUUUAGAGGAAGGUAAGUUUCGAUAAUUUGGGUCAAACGUCAAGGUCAUGAGGUCAAACAUCAUGGAUGAAAUGACAUUUCUUGCCAUAAGGAAUCUAUAUACAAAAUAUGAAAGCCCUAACUUUAAUAAUUCGGGGGAUAUUGCCUGGGUUAGGUUUUCUUAAAAGUAAGUCAAACUCCAAGGUCAAGAUCACGAGGUUUACACAAGAAAUACGCAUACAAAAUAUGAGAGCCCUAUCACUUGUUAUGAGUUAUGAGCAAUUAAGGUUGCGAUCUGUUCUUGAGAAGAGUUUUGUUCUUAAACAAAUGUCCACACAUGUGUCCUUAUGUAAAACGUUGGUUCCACCUGAGCCCAGGGGGUAAUCGAAUCUACACUAUCCCAAGAAGUUUUCAUAAAAAUUUCAACUUUUCUGUCCAAGUGGCUCCUGGGAAAUUUUUUAAAUGACCUCCAUCUGAUUUUUGCCUUUUCUUGAUUAUCUCCCCUUUAAAGGUACAUCACCCUUUAUUUGAAGAAACUUGAAUCCCUUCAUACAAGAAUAUUAUUUGAACAAGUUUGAUUGAAAUUGACGACCCAGUGGUUCUGGAGAAGAAGACAAUAAUUUACGUUCUGGCCUUGGGUUCCGGGUUUCACUGCAAUGUUCGUUCAGGUGUACAGGCAAAUUUUGACUCCAAAAGAAUAAUGACCGGGGUCAUUUUUCGACGUCGAAAAAUGACCCCCUAGCCGUAUAAAAAUUGGAUAAUUUUGUAGAAAGAAGACCCAGGGGUCAUUAUUUUGCGUGUCAUACCUGAAAAAUAAUGACCACCGUAGAAAAAUGACCCCUUCCCUUUCUUAGCAGAUUGAUUUAUUUUGAAGGAGUUGAUAAGGGUUUUCAGGUCAUUAUUUACCCAGAGUUAUCGUUCUUGCUGCUCCUCUUAUCAAAUUUAUUCCAUGUGUAAAUUGUUUUUCACGGUUAAUAAAAUAAAAGUAAGAACUAGUCCAUUAAAUUUGAGGAAAACCCACUGUAGGUUCCAUGACCAAUUACAACUGGAAAAAACCCGCAUAUUUCAGGGAUGGAUCCAGGGAAUUUUCAAAAAGGGGUUCUACCAUAAAUUUUAAUUUUCAAAAGGGGAGUUCCAUUCUCAAAAUGUGUUAUUUUUACCUCAUUAAGUAACAUUUUAUAACGAUAGGCAGAGGUACAACCUAUAAAACCUCCACGUCUCCCUCUGAAUCUACCAAUGUAUUUAUGCUAUCUAUUUACAUGUAUAGAUCUUGUGUAAUCAAACACACACAUAAAAAAAAAAAAGAGCUGCAUCUAAAUACAAUACUUCUUGUGUCACAGAGAGGCGUGAAAUUUUCUUAAAACUGAUUAAUUGACAUACAUUUUUUGUAACUGAAGUCAAUAGCUUAUUUCAUUUACGCAUCAUUAUCGUUUUUCAAGAAUUUUGAAAAAUGAGUAAGUGUUGAUAGAGGUAUUAGUGAGUAUGCGAACGAUAACUUUGACUAUAGCAUUUCACUGGAUAAUUUAUGCCUAUCAGGGGUGUAGAACAAGGGGACGGGGGCAAGUGGGUUUGUGCCCCUCACUUUUUUAACACAAAAUUAACUUAGAUUGAUCAGAUAAGAAUAUACCACGGUUAAAAAAAUACUCAAUUCUAAUAUGCAGGUUCUUAGCACUCAAAGCAUUAUUUCGUGCAUGUACAUAACCCAUUCUCUCCGUACCACAUUUUUUUUGACCGAGUUAUGUUUUAAGUGCAUCGUAGAAUAUACCAUCAGAGCAAUUGCACUUCAUUCUUCAUUUCUUAUAUGAUAGACAUUUUGCUUUCCGAUUCAUAUCAUAGUACUAUAUCACAGCAUAUGAUUCAAUAUCAUAAUAUGAUUAAAUGGAAUAGCAUCAUAUGUAUCAAUAUAACAUCAGAAUCUAUGUUUACAAUGUGAUAUGAUACGAUAUUGUACGAUACAAAAUCAUAUGAUAACCUACUAUUCUGUAUAUUAUAUAUUUAUUACAAAUAACAUUACAUAAUUUCAUGCCAUAAUGGUAUCAUAAGAUGUGCCAUAAAUCCACAAUCACAUCAGCCAAGCAAGUGUGAAUGAGAUAGGAUCAGUAGAUCUUCCAUAUGUAUAAACCGCUAAGAAUAGUCUCGGAGAAAAUCCAAAACAGGCUACAUGUAGCUCUAUGCUAUGCAUGUAUAUUGAUAACAACAUUAACAAUUCAAGUCUGAUGUGAAAUGUUCUUGACGAGUAUUUGUCUGCAUUCUUAAGCAAAGUCUUGACGAGUAUUUGUCUGCAUUCUUAAGCAAAGUCUUGACGAGUAUUUGUCUGCAUUCUCAAGCAAAGUCUGGCAUUUGAUAUCAUACUCCAUAUUCUUUGUAAAAUAUUUAUAGCUACAUUGACUAUAUGCAAUUCUGAAUGGGUUAGCAUAACACUCUAACCUUAAUAACACAUGGGGACAAGGAUUUCACAAUUAUGGUAGUAGCUACUCUGUGUAUAUCAAAUCAAUUACGCACUCUGUUUGCAUGUUAUGAUCCUUAGUGUAGAAUAAACUAAUGCAUGUUUACAAAUGUAACUAUAGAGCCCCCUUCCACGCCUGAACCCAUAUUUCCUUUAUGGCAAGACGAUUGCAUGUAUCUCGAUAUAACUAUGCAUGUAUUUACUCGUAAUAACGAAUAUAACUCGUUGUGACUAGACACUUAUUUGGUACGAGUCACUAUUUUGUUAAAACAAGUAAAUCCUUAUUUUUGAAACAAAAUUACAAUUCUUUUAGAUAUGUUUUAAUCUGGUUACGUUUCAUAUGAAUGAUAGAUUUACUUAUAAUAUGACAAUGUUGGACUGCCUCCCUUAGGCAUUACCAGAGAAAUAAUCCUUCAUAAAAUUUACAAGGGGGUCAUUAUUCUAUAGGGUUCAUUUUUCUAAACGUGAAAUCGACUGAUUUUUUUAAAAAGACAUUUUUUCUACGGGCAAAAGGGGUCAUUAUUCGACGUAGAAUAAUGACCGGGGGUCAUUUUUCGACGUCGAAAAAUGACCCCCCAGUCAUUAUUCUAUGGGAGUCAAAAUUUGCCUCUACACUGGCUAUGCAGGGAUGGAAGGUGUCAAUAGCUAUCUGGCGUCGGGGGAAAUAUCCCAAUAAUUGUUCAGAAAAUGAAUUGAAGAGAAUAAGGGAACAGUCAAAGUCGUUCCUAUAUAUGACGCGGCAAUAUCUGAGGUACUAAGGUGUAAAGGUCAAGCACCUAAUGUUUUGACGACAAUUUUCUGUGGACUGGUAUAUUCUAAAUAAGCUAUGGUGUACACAGUUCUAAAUGUCUAGAUUUAAACAUUUUCUUUGGGGUGGGGGGGGGGGUAACCUUUUUUUUUUUUUUUUUUACGCAUGCUUGCUUUUAUCUUGUAAUAUCUGUAUUUAUAUCCUUUGUCUAUGCUUCACUUUGUAUUGCAAGAAAAUAAAACUUUGCUUGAGCUCCUAGUGUUUUUAUAACAAUGUUCUGUGGUAGGUAACUGUAGCCAGGUACAUUGUCGUGGUCCAGUUUCACCUUUUCCAUAAGUAAGACUGUAGGUGUAAAGCUUGUUUUGGUGACUAUCAUUGUUGACUCCACUAGCAUUAUAGACUGAAUUGAAUUUUUUAUUUAUCUCAUCACAGUUGUAUAAUUUUACAUAAAAGUGAUGGUAACAAAUCGUUUAGUGUUUAAAAGCAUGCGUGGGUAUGUAGAUUGACUACAUGUUGGAACUUAAGAUUUGAGCAGUCAUAUCGACUGGAAGCACGUUUUAUCAGUAUUUCUUAUGAAGAAGCAUAAUUUUCUCUGAGAAGACUACUUGUUGUGUAGUGAAAUUCAUCACCAAUUUUACACUCAUUUACUACAAAGUUUUCUUUCUUUGGGUUCAUUUCACCAGCAUCCACUUCCGAUAUACAGUUUUUAAUCAAAUAUGAAGUCGGAAUUGAUCGAGUAAACACUAUAAUAAACAGAAAAUGCAUCAAAACUAUUCAGAUGAAGAACAGGAUUCGGAUGAGCAGUUGUUGGGCCAGGAUGUUGGAGUGAAACGCCAUAACCAGGAUGUAUAUCAAACCAGUGAGGAGGUCAAGGACAAGAAAACGACCUUAGAGGAGGUCAAACAGAGUGGACGGGCAGAGAGAAGGAGACUGAGGGAGGAGAGGAGACGGCAGCAGGACGACAGCGAUUCAGAAUCAGAGUACCUGGUGGGGAAACUGGCCGAAAUUGCCCUUACAGUCAAAGAACCAGAUCGUGUUGAGGGGACGGGAUUGAUAUAUGACGAGCGGAUGUUGAAGCAUGAGAAUCUGUGGGACAAGCACUUCCCAGAAACCCCCCAGCGUAUUAGUGGACCUUUCCAGCGUUGUUGUGAACUGGGUCUCACGGAGCGUUGUAUACGCUUAGAGGCCCAGCACUCCACAGAAGACAUGAUAUUGCUACAACAUUCUCAAGAACUGAUAGAGAAACUGAAACAGACCACAGAAAUGACCACAGAGGAACUUAAAGCAGAGGCUGUUAAAUACGACUCCAUUUACUUCAAUAAUUCCACUUUUGAAUGUUCGCUGUUGUCUUUGGGAAGUACGGUGGAGUUGAUGGAACAGAUUCUGAAGAAAAAGGUGCGAAAUGGCCUGGCAUUGAUAAGACCCCCUGGACACCAUGCAAUGAUGGGGGAGUUCUGUGGAUUUUGUUACUUCAAUAAUGUCGCCAUUGCAGCUAAACAUGCCCUGGAAAAUCUCAAACUCAAAAAGAUUUUGAUCGUAGAUUGGGAUGUACACCAUGGACAAGCCACUCAACAAAUGUUCUACAACGAUCCACGAGUGUUAUACUUUUCCAUACAUCGAUAUGAAUUUGGAAAGUUCUGGCCGAAUCUUCGAGAGAGUGACUAUGACUACAUUGGAGAGGGGAAGGGGCUGGGUUAUAACAUCAACGUCCCCCUGAACCAGAUAGGGAUGGCUGAUCAUGACUACUUGGCUAUUUUUCAUCAGAUUCUGAUGCCGAUAGCAUCUGAGUUUGAUCCUGAACUUGUUUUGAUUUCUGCUGGAUAUGAUUGUGCAUUAGGUUGUCCUGAGUUUAACCCAGAUUUUGUUGUUGUGUCUGCUGGUUAUGACUCAGCCAUUGGAGAUCCCAAGGGACAGAUGGGAGUGACCCCGGCAGCUUUUGCCCAUUUGACCCACAAAGUCAUGUCCUUGGCACAAGGGCGUGUGGCAGUUAUCCUAGAGGGUGGUUACUGUUUGAAAUCUCUGUCUGAGUCAGCAGCAUUGACCUUGAGAACAUUGCUUGGUGACCCCUGUCCCAGACUUCCUCCGUCGCAGGAACCAUGUGAUAGUAUUACAGAGUCUAUUCUGAAUGUCAUCAAAGUUCUUCGACCUUACUGGAAGUGUCUGCAGUAUCAGGGUUUCACCUCUGACCCUUGCCCUUAUGAAGAGGUCAAUCACCUACCACCUAAGCCUGAUGUUAAAUUCAUCACGGAGGAAAACAAACCAAAGGCCUACCCGGAAUGUCUGGAACCGUACGCAGGAGAUGAGUAUUACGAAGAGGAGAAGAGGCUGCUCCCGGUCAUAGAUAGACUCCGAGCAUCCACAGACCUCAGUAAAGCCAAAAACAGAACUUGCAUUGCGUAUGACGAAGGAAUGAGAGCUCAUCAUGCCACUGGAUCCUAUUACCAUCCCGAGGCCCCAGACAGGAUUACGCGGAUAUUUGAUAAACACACAGAAUGGGGACUGACUGAAAGAUGUACAAGGGUCGAGACAAGAAUGGCCACUGAAGCGGAACUGACCCUAAUCCACAGUUCAGCUCAUGUUGAGGAAAUAAAGAGCACUGAAGAUAAAAAUCCAUUUGAACUGAAAAAUAUGGAAGGGAAGUUUUCCUCCAUUUAUCUUUGUAAAGACUCAUACUUCUCUGCUCGGAUGGCUGCCGGAUUUGUGUUGGAUGUGGUGGAUAAUGUAUUGACUGGUCAGAGUCAGAAUGGAGUUGCGAUUGUUAGACCUCCAGGACACCAUGCUGAAUGCACGCAGGCAAUGGGAUUCUGUUUCUUCAAUAAUGUAGCCAUUGCUGCCAAAUACGCACAAAACAAAUACAAUGUCAAAAAAAUUUUAAUAGUGGACUGGGAUAUUCACCAUGGUAACGGCACACAACAGCAGUUUUAUGAGGACUCGAGUGUGCUUUUUAUAAGCCUUCACCGCUACGACCAGAGUUUCUUUUAUCCAUGCACCACCCAGGGUAGCCACACCAAUGUGGGGGAGGGGGAAGGAGUUGGCUUCAAUGUCAACAUUGCGUGGAAUAAUGGCCCCAUGGGAGAUUCCGAAUACAUUGCAGCCUUUCAGCAGGUUGUCAUGCCAAUAGCAUACGAGUUUGGUCCGGAGUUGGUUCUGGUGUCAGCAGGAUUUGAUGCUGCAAUGGGAGAUCCUCUGGGAUGUUACCUGGUCACGCCUGCUGGAUAUGGUCACAUGACCCACAUGUUGUCUUCACUAGCCAAUGGAAAAUUAGUUAUGGUGUUAGAGGGAGGAUAUCAUUUAGCAGCCAUAUCAAACUCCAUGGCGAUGUGUACCUCUAUUCUCCUAGGGGAUGGAUGUCCACACCUGCCCUACACCCAGCCCAAAGACAGUGCAAUUAAGUGUAUAAGAGAUGCCUUAGAUGUGCAGAAAGAGCAUUGGAAGUCAUUGAAGUUCAGAGUGAAUAUAAAAACAGAGGAAAAGGAAAAUCCAGAAGAUUUAGAAAAGGAAGAAAGAGAAAAGAUAAAGAAUGAUAAGGAUAUGAGAAAAAUUGAUGAAUUGGCUGAACAAUUCACAAAUGUUUCAGUGAUCCAAGACAUUCAACAUCCUAGAGAGAACAAAGAUGAUCACUGUGGUGGGGAGAAUCCAGGGAUUACAGGAGCGGAUUCAUUAGGAGCAGAGGGAGGUGGAGAUCCUCCAGAGACUUCACCGGUCUCAGCUAAUGAAGUGUUACAGCAACUGGAGGCUCAGGGUCACACACAAAUGUUUGCUGUAACUCCAUUGACCUGGUGUCCACACUUAGAGACCGUGACCCCCGUCCCCAGGGGUCAGAUUGAUACAGGUGCCCCUUGUGAGGAUUGUGGAGAUGUUUCAGAAAAUUGGGUCUGUCUGGUGUGCUACAAGAUUUACUGUAGUCGAUUUGUCAAUGAACACAUGCUGAUGCACGGAGUGAUGGAGCAGCACCUAAUGUGUCUUAGUUUUUCUGACCUGUCCAUCUGGUGUUAUGGAUGUGAUCACUAUAUAGAUAACAUCGUUCUUUUCGAAGCAAAAAAUGCAGCUCACCGUCACAAGUUUGGAUCCUCCCUUCCAAGACCCUUGUCUCUCUCCUAGUGCAAUUUUUAGAGAAUUAAGCAUGUUAAGAACAAAUAAACAUGUAAUUAGAUAAUUAUUAAGUACAGAAAUGGCUUCUCACUAACAAGGAAAUUUCAGACAUUUGAAGAAUUUUUAUAUAAACCAUAUAGCCCAGAGGUAAUGUUAAGUAUAUUUUUUCUCCACAACCAAUUAGUACAAAGAAUAUAUUUUUUUGCUGAAACAAUACUACUACCUAUACAUUGUAGUAUUGUUUUAGCAAAAAACAAGUAUUCUUUGUACUAAAUUGGUUGUGGAGAUGGAGAAAAUGACCUAUUUUUUUUGUGUGUGUAUGAAUAUAACAACUGCAGUCUCUAAGUUUCAUAGGAAUCCCACAACUCUUAUCUGAUUUUCAUUUUCAAAUUGCAUGUUAUUGCUUAUAUUUUAGGUAAAAGUUUCAAGCAUGUUCUCUCUUUAGUCUUCAGUGAACCAAUUCAGGGCCGUAACUGCCGAUGAGGCAGACGAGGCAACUGCCUCGUCUGAUUUUUUGGCAAAAAAGAAAAUAAAAUUAUAUAAAUGUUAUAUUAUAGGAUAUAUGUUUAAAAUGAAGACAAGCACCUUUGUCUUUGACACCAUAUUACGAUUCUUUACAUAGUACAAAUGAAACACAAACAUGAUAAAUUGGGAUUUAAAAAGUGUCAUUUUCAGUCGUAAAGUCAAUCGGCGGCCCCCAAUCCCCUGCCUCCCCUGAUUUAGAACCCUACUUACGGCCCUGCAAUUAUAGAAUUAUAGAAUCAUAUUGAUUACCUUCUGUAUCACCUUAUUGUAUUUGAUAUUGAGUAUUUUGUUUUGCAUCUUUUCUUAGUUGAACUGAUAUUAAGCUAAACAGAAUAUUAUUUUAGUUUUUAAUUAGAUACUGCUGUUAAAUCUCUCAUUUUCGAUUUGUCAGAUUUGCAUGAUUUGAGAAACGUGAACAGGAUUGUGGAGACAAGAGACAAGAGUUACAAUUCUGUAUUGUAAUUCAGUUUCUCGUGUUAAUGGUGGACUAAAUCGUUGGGUACACCCCAAAGAAAACGAAUGAUUUUACAGUGCUGAUGUUAUUGUUGUAGUUGUUUUGUUAAGCGAGGAGCAAAAACACAACAAUUUUAUUCACAUCAGCAAAUGUUUCUCUUCUGUGUGUGAUAAAUGAAAAAUAAACUCAUAGUAUUUGUUUUAGCUUUA